UUAAUUUAAUUAUUAUAGACAUCAAAACAUUACAAAUCAACAAAUAUCUAUUUAUAGAACAUGAAAGAAAUGGAAACAAAGCUUGACAUUAUGUAGAAACUUACAUCUUCACAUCAGUUGUCCUAAAAGAUAAAAAAUAAUUGUAAAAUUUAAUUAUAUUUAAAAAAAACAAUGAAGUAUAUAAUAUUUAAAUAAGUAUAUAUAGAUAUGUGUAUACAUAUAUUAACUAUAGGAUAGGAUGUGAUAAAGUACAAAAGUAAUGUUAAGUUCAUGGUAUUGUGUAAAAAGACAGCAGUACGAGUACGUUUCAAUAACGCUUUAAUGAUGCAUAAACAAAGGAUAUUUAAUUUUUUUAGUACAAUAAGUGAUUUAUAAAAUAAAUAUAGAAAUGCUUCCUAACAUACAUGAUAAAGAUUACAGAGUUUUGGAUUUAGUACGCCAACGUGAAAUACGGGAUUCAGUGGCAUAUGCAGUUUCGCAGAAGUUACAUGUGACAGAAAAUUUAAUAUCCCGUUUAGGACUUGAAAAAGAAUUAGUUGGUCAUACAGGAUGUGUUAAUUGUUUAGAAUGGAAUGAAAGUGGACAAAUUCUUGCUUCUGCAUCUGAUGAUAUGAAUAUUAUAUUAUGGGAUCCAUUUCGAUAUGAAAAAAAAUUAGUACUUCGUACACGUCAUCAUGGAAAUAUAUUUUCUGUCAAGUUCCUGCCAAAAUCAAAUGAUAGGAUAUUGGUAUCAGGUGCUGGAGAUGGAAAAGUACGAGUUCGAGAUCUUACACUUCUUGAACCAAUAUUUUCGUGUAAUUGUCAUAUAGGUCGCGUAAAGCGUAUUGCCACUGCAACUACUGUACCUUUUCUUUUUUGGAGUGCUGCAGAAGAUGGUCUUAUUUUACAAUAUGAUAUUCGUGCUCCUCAUAGUUGCAAAAGUAAUGACUGUAAUAGUGUGUUAGUAAAUCUUGUUAAUCAUGCUGGUCGAUAUGCAGAGGGCAAAUGUAUUUCUGUGAAUCCAAAGAAACCUGAAUUAAUAGCUAUUGGAGCUAAUGAUGCUUAUAUACGAAUGUAUGAUCGUAGAAUGAUUAAGCUUUCUCAGGUGCCUAUUUCGUCUCCACAUAGUAACUGGACAAGAGGAAAUGUAUGUAUACGGCUAGCUGGUGGAGGUGAUCCAGAUGAAAAUAUACCAUUGGGUUGCGCACAGUACUUUAUCGCGGGCCAUCUGCAUUCUCGACAACGUGACGGUAAUAGGAGUCUUACUACUACAUAUUUAACCUUCAGUGCUGAUGGAAAUGAACUUCUUGUUAACAUGGGUGGAGAACAGAUUUAUUUAUUUGAUAUCAAUAAUCCAAAGAAUUUGAAGACUUGCUUUGGUUACUCUACAAGAAAUUUUGAAAAGUGCUGUAUAGAGAAUAAUGAAGAUAUAGAUUUUACUAAUAAAAAUAUUAAAAUCCUGCCACCACAUGUUGAAGAACUAAAACGUCAAGCUAAUGAAAGCUUUGAGCAACAAAAAUAUACAUUGGCAAUUAAUUUAUACAAUAAAGCAAUUAGUUAUUGUCCUACUGCAGCUGUGCUUUUUGCUAAUAGAGCUGCAGCAUAUAUGAAACGAACUUGGGAUGGCGAUAUAUAUGCUGCUCUUAAAGAUUGUCAAACAACAUUACUUCUUGAUCCUGGACAUGUAAAAGCUCAUUUCAGAUUGGCUCGUUGUCUCUUUGAUUUACAUCAAUCAGCUGAAGCUGAUAAAAUAAUUAAAGACUUUCAACAAAAAUUUCCUGAAUAUGCAUCUAACUCUGCAUGUAAAGCAUUAAAAAUGGAUAUAAAAGAAGCUAUAGAUUCUGGUAGAGAUAUUGAUAUGAAUCAAUUAAUGAUACAAAUAUCAGAAUAUGAACAAGAAUGGCGACGUAAUACAAUUGACUAUAAAAUGAGAUUUUGUGGGCAUUGUAAUACUACAACUGAUAUAAAAGAAGCUAAUUUUUUUGGAAACAAUGGUCAAUAUAUUGUGGCAGGAUCAGAUGAUGGUUCUUUCUUUAUUUGGGAUCGUAAUACUACAAAUAUUAUACGUGUGUUAAGAGGUGAUGAACGCAUUGUGAAUUGUCUUCAACCUCAUCCAUCUACUUGUUUACUAGCUACUAGUGGCAUUGAUCCAGUAGUUAGAUUAUGGAGUCCUUUACCUGAAGAUGGUAGUAUAAAUGAAAGAGAAAUUCAAAAUUUAGAAGAUGCUGCAUCUGCAAAUCAAAUUCGCAUGAAGAGUGACCCAUUUGAAGUAAUGCUUAUGAAUAUGGGAUAUAGAUUUCCUGUUCAGCAGGCUGAACUGAAUGAAGAUGGUGAUGAUAAUCAAGAUCAAUCAAUUGUGCAACCAUUAAAUUGUAGACCAAGUUAAAUUUAAAGACGAAAUCUGAAAAGUGGUAUGAAAUUGCAAUUAAACAAUUAAAGACUUAUUCAGUGUUAUAUUAUAGAAUACUGAUGCUUUAAUUCCAGUUAUCUAUUUUUUUAUCAAUUCCAUAAACGUUGACUUUUCCAUAAAUAAAAUACU